AUGCCUGUUCAAGGGGAUGCAGUUCCCUCGAAGCUUCGCUGCGAGAAGCCCGGCUGCGAACUCACCACUUUCACCACUCGAUCCAAUCUCACUAGGCACCACCAUGCCAAACACGGCGCUGCUAUUCGCAUGUCCUGCGGCAGAGCCCUUAAGAAUCAUAAAUCGAAUAUCAAGCGGCACCAGAAGUCAUGUGUAAAAUCCUGCACAGCCCUGGAUCAGCCUUCGAGUUCCCCUGCGCAAACCAGCUUCGAGUUACCUACCAAAGCGGCCAACGAUACCACGGAGACUACGUACCUCAACUUCACCCACGAACUUCUUCCAGGGGAGUUCAACGAUAUGAGCUUUCUCAUUGAUAACUAUACUUUCGAAACCCCUCAGCCGGAAUAG